AUGUCUUCACGAUACCCUCCAUUGUCUGGGUUCAAUUCCCGUGACCGUUCGCCGCAGCGCUUUGGUGAUCGUCGACCCCCGUCUGGUCCGCGUGGCUCGGACGAUGCGAAUAUGCCUCUGGGUCGGGAGCCGCCUCGCGGUCCCAAGGCAUUGAUCGACCCUCCUCGAGGAGCCCCGUUUGGCGGUCGUGGUAGAGGCUAUCCUGGCCGUGGAGAUUUUCGCGAUCGGGACCGAGAUAUACGGGAUCGCGACCGAGAACGCGACCGUGACUUUCGAGAUAUUCGUGAUGGACCUCCGCCUUUUCGCCGCGAUAUCGACCGGGACCGGGAUUGGGGUCGCCGCGACCGCGAUUUCGACCCUCGAGAAGCUCGCAUCGGUUUUGGUCGCGGUCGUUCCCGAUCCCCUCCGCCGCCCCGUGACUUUCGAGAUAUGAGAGAACCCCUAGGACGAGAGCCCCUAGGACGAGAUGCGGACCUUGUUCGGAUGCGGCGUGGUUCCCGAGACAGCCUGAUUUCGGUUUCGUCGGCAGUGCCCGAUGUUCCCUCCGGUGGCGGCCAUCAUCCCCGCGCCGGUCCUCCAAUGCGCGGUCGUGGCCGAGGCGAGUGGGAUGCUGGGCGUGGUCGCGGUCGGAUACCAUAUAUCGAUGAUCGAGAUACUUUUAGACGCCGAAGUCGGUCACGCGACGCCCGGUGGGAUCGAGAACGAGAGCGCGAGCGCGACCGGGAGAGAGAGCGUGAGCGUGAAAGGGAUCGGGAUCGUGAAAGAGACCGCAUACUGGAUCGAGACCGAGACCGAGAUCGUGAACGUGACCGCGAGCGUGUGAUUCUUGACCGAGAUCGGGAUAAUGACCGGCGUGAUCGUGACAGGGAACGGGAGCUCGAACGGCGGGAGAGGUUCGAGCGCCGCGACGAAGUUGACCGACGCAUUGAACGCGACGACCGCGAGCGACCAGGCGAUCAUUGGAAGAGAGACCGGCCUCCUAGUCGCGCGGAGAAUCGGCUUCCCAGCAGCUCCACCGUUUCGUCUGUUACCGGUCCUGUUGUGCACCCUGGUCCAGGAGUUGUCCCCGACCGACUUCCGGAUCAUCCAACCACGGAGCCGCCCCGGAAGACGUCCGGAGGAGACGCUCGUCGUGAUUCACAGCGUAUAGAACGGAUUGAACCACCUGCGCCUCACCCGGAGCCCCCGAAAGAUUUCAUCCCUCCUCCGGUUAAGCGAUCACCCCCGCCUGCUGCUCCCCAGGUGCCGGCGUUUGGCUCAGUCACGGCACCCAUUCCCGAGAUUCCUGUGGAGAAGCCCCCGGUUGACUCGACACCGGCUGCUUCUUCAGUUCCCAAGCCGGAGAAGGAACGGCAUGAGCCACCCCGAGCCCCAAUGCACCCCCCGACCGCUCCCAAGGCGGACCGAGGCCCUCCACAACAACCGCUAGAGCAACGGGUCCGACGUGAAGAAGCUCCUGCUACCCCGGCCAAGCCUGAACCGCCUGUUCGUCAACCGAAGCCGCAUCCCGUAGCACCUAUGUGUGCAAAGCCGAUGGAUAUUUCACCGCCCACGGCUCCCGCUGCCAUGGUUCACAAGGAGGCCCCUGGACUUCACGAGACACCAUCCCCGAGCAAGCUAGUACCCGGAAUGACCUCACCGGAAAUUGGAAGGAGAUUAUCAGCCACUGGAUUAGCGACUUCCCCCGGUCCACAUACAUCACCUCGUAUGCAUACGUCAAGCAUCCCUACCGGCCCACGCGCUCUCCAGCAGCGUACUUCGGUCUCCCGUGGUCCGUCCAAAGGCAACAAACAAUGGGUUCGUCCUGGCUACAGCCGUCCACCCACCGGACCUAGUGCUGCGCCGUCGAUUAAACGAGAUUCUAUUGAUGGCAAGGAACGGAGCCUAUCUCUCAGUGAGGAGCAUAAACAAGAAUCGCAGAGUCAGGCUGAGGAUUCAUCCACGGGACCUGAGGCAGGUGAAAUUGUGGCCGAGGAUGAAGUUAUGGAAUCCAAGCCGCAGGGGCCUGCCCCCGAGACCCCCAUGCAACUCGACGAGACUGGUCCGACCAAGCCAAUCGCAGAAGAGAAACCUGCCGAGAAGGAGGUAUCCAAAGAUCAGGGAACCGUGGUCAUACCUGAUUUCGGGCGGUCUAGCGACGAAGAAGAGGAUGAGAACGUUGUAUUUACGCAGGACUAUCUGGAGGAGCGCAAGCAAAUUUUUGAAAAAGAUAUGAAUGCUCUUCGAGCAGAGCUGCCGCCGCCGCCAUUGGAAGAUCCGAACAUCGUGGCGCUGCUUAUGCGUAUUCAAGUGCUGGGUAUGAUUGCCCAUGAUACGGUCGUCGAAAAGGCACCAACACCCCCGGUAGCAGAAGAAACCAUUACAGCAAAGGAGGAGCCGGUGGCCACUGUGGCGGACAACGAGCCAAAUGGAAAAGCCGAAGAACAUGAGCCGCCGACCAAGAUGGUCCUGGAUUCCAUUCCUACUGCUGACGUACUAACCCUCGAGAGUUUGCCAUUCCUCAACUCUGGCCCGCCCACCCCGCUGUCUGAUUUGGAGCUGUAUCAAGAAAAUGCUGCAACUCAUGAACGCCUGAAGGACACCUUUCGUGAUGUUCUAAUGAAACGGCGUAAGGGAGUGGCGCAUAAGAAUGCCGAGCUGCGAGUGGAGUAUCUGUCUCACUACAAGCCUUGGAGGCUGAAUGUCUGGGAGCUGGAUCAUGCCAAGGAGAAAGGCUCGGCCAGCCCUGGUCCCACAACACCACCUGCUGCCCCGGCGACGACGACCCCGACCCCUACGGUGGAAAGCGGAAGACGGUAUAAGGGCAACAGUGAGUUGGAUUUCCAGAAUGCCCUCCGGGCGUCUGAGAUAUCCGCACAGGAGGAACUCGAGAGGCGUCGUGGUAACAAGGCUACAGCACAACCCGAUCUUGGCCGAGAGGCGGUGAUUCCCGAUAUGCUGGAGCCUCCGGAAGUGAAGGCCCGCAUCUACAAGGAUACGAACAAUAUCAUCGACCCGGCCAAGGCCAUGGAUGUCUUUGGAUUUCUACCGCCUCGGAAUGAUUUCUCGAAAGAGGAACAUGAGGUUUUCACGGAUGCAUUCAUGGCUCAUCCUAAGAAAUGGGGCAAGAUUGCCGAGUCGCUGCCUGGCCGAGAUUUCCAGCAGUGUAUCGUUCAUUACUACCUGACAAAGGAAGAAAUCAAGUACAAGGCCAAGCUCAACAAGCGAUGGAGCCGUCGCGGGCGCGCCCGGAGAUCUGCUCGUCCCAAGUCCAAUGCGCUCAUGGCUGAUCUUGGUGUUGUGAAACCGGAUUAUGAAGGCGAAGAAGAGCCGGCUCCGGUUACGGACACGGGCCGUCCCCGACGGGCUGCUGCGCCAACGUUUGGCGACUCCUCAGCAGAUACGGACAAUAACGGUCGCCGAGGGAAUGCGUCCAAGGAUGGCGAACAAGCGGAGAAACCUAGGCGCGGGCCACGGAGUGGUGCAGGCACCCGAGGUGGCCGACGCGGCAAGGCUGCCCAGCAACAGCAGCAACAACAAACACCGCAACCCACCCCGUCGGAGCAAUCGGUUCAGACCACGCCUGUUCCAAUCGCGACUGGAGCUGCCGUCACUCCCGCACCAAAGGUGGAGACUACGGAACCUUCUCUGGACGGAGCCUCGGAGGCGGCGACUGUGCGGACCAAAGAGCCAGAACGGGAGGCCAGCGACGUGCCCCCGCGAGCGAGAUCUGGUCGAGGACGUCAGAAGGAGGGAGUCUACGUCUUUGAAUCAACGGAACAGGAGGCUCCUGCACCCCGGCAGCCUGAGGUGGGUGGAUACGGAUCUCUGCAGCCUACCAGUUACUGGUCGGUGCCAGAGCAGCGCGAUUUCCCGUUGUUACUGGCACACUUUGGUCGGGACUUUGAGGGUAUUUCAAAUUUUAUGAAGACCAAAACUACAGUGAUGGUCAAGAAUUACUAUCAACGUCGCAUCGACUCCGGCCAGAAGGACUUUGAGGAUAUUGUUGCCGAUGCAGAAGCGAAGAAAGCUCGCGGUGAGCCUACAGGUCCUUUGCCCGUUCCGAACUUUGCCUCUAAACGGCGUUACGAAGCUACACCAUCUUCCAUAAUCAUGCCUCGACCGCUGGCUCCGCACACCGAAGCCCUGCCGGAAACCGAUGAAAGCCGUCUUGGGCCUAAAAGCAAACAAGUCGGCCCGACCCCUCAAUCCGUGCCGCUGCAUAACCGUCCCCAGGAGAAGGAACGGAACGUUUCGCGCUACCCUCCACUUGCGCAAGCCACCAGUGCCAUGCCAGCAGGCCCUAUGCUUGAGGAUCCCGCGCGGACGAUGAGUUCGCAGGCAGCUGCCUUGCCACCACGGUUGCAGGGUCCGCGUCUGGGAUACUUUGAAGACCGACGUGAGAUCCCGACGACGGUGUUGUCCCAUGCAGCUACCUCGCGGCCCCAGGAGACGCCACUUUCGGUGCGGCAGACUCCGGUAUCUGCUGAGAUGACCCGGCUGGAUCCUUUGCACGCGCAGAGCUUCCGGACGGCGCCUGUGGAUGUGCAUCGCUCACCGUUACUUCCGCCAAAUACGCUGCCAGGGUCGCAGCAGACGUAUCUGCAGCCUCAGACCCAAGCAUCCUUGAUGCAUGGAGGAUCCCACUCACGCCAGACCAGCAUCACCAAAACGCCCAGUUCUCCGGCCCAACCGCUGAGACCGGAGCCAGAGAUCUCUCCCAUUCGACGCGACUCCAUAUCGCAACGGUCAUAUUUUACACUACACGGACAACAUGUAGCCCUUUCCCAGCCACCUCCAGUCUUGUCACCGCCAAAGGAACCGUCUCGACCCGGGUCGACUCCAGGAGAGCCGGCUGAGGCCCCUCGUGUGCCUGCGAAGCGGUCGAAUAUCAUGAGCAUUUUGAAUGAUGAGCCCGAGGAGCCCCAGCCCCGCAAACGGUUUGCUGGCGAGCAGCCGUCUUCGACCCCGGUGAUGCACACUGGUUCGCCCUCUCGGCCCGUGUUUAGCGGCAUGCAUUCGCUUUCGCAACCGCCCCCGCGCCAAGAAGAGGCAGUUCUGUCAUCUCAGCAGCGGGCUCCAGCUUAUGCUCCAAGCCAAUACCUAACACCAUCGCGCCCGUACAACGAAUACCCGCCUUAUGGCUCGGUCCCGGGAUCUGCCGCCCCUGCGAACAAUGACUGGAUGGCACGGUUUGAUCCUCGUGGACAGCCGCCGCCGCCGCCACAACAACCGCAGGCUCCGCCGCAACCCGGUAGCCGCCCGACGACUACGAUGGCCCCUCAGCCACCAUAUUCUCCUUAUACGCCCGCGCAACCCUUGUCUAAUCCGUCUCUGCCAAACCUCACGGCUCCAUCGCCUGUUCCGACUCCUUCGCAAGCCCCUCAGCGCCAAGCAUAUCAUGCGUCUGCAUAUGCCCCUUCCCCGGUGUCCCAUGCCCAGGCAACCGCUGCGGCGUCGCGUGAACUGGCGGCGCAGAAUCAGAUGUAUCGCCAGGGGAUUAAUUCGCCUACCACACGUAACAACAGUCUUGCGUAUGGGUCGCGCCAAAAUCCGCCCACGCCGAUCCAGUCAUCUGCGAAUAUCAUGGGGAUGACGUCGCGACAGCCGGCGGCUACGGUGUCAUACGCGUCACCUGCACCGGCUACGCCUGGGCCCAGUCAUAUGUCUGCUCAGCAACAUGCGGCGCAUCAGUCGUACCAGCAACACGUUCAGACCAUGGUCAGCGGGGCUCAUCAGCAGGCGGCCCAUCGGUCGACGCUUGGAUUGAGUACGCCGUACAGCCACAAUACGCCGCCGCCGCAGGCGCAGGUCUCUCGGACAACCGGCAUGCCAGGGCCGCCACCGAUGUCGAUGGGUCGGUCGUACACGCCGCCAGCGAUUCUGCAACCGAAUCCGGGUGGAGGAUUAAGCUAUGCGCCGAGUGGGCCAUCGCCGGCGGGGUCGAUUCAUCCAUUGCAAGCGCGACCCCCAGGAUCGUUGGUAGAAGUGCCGGGCGGCCAUACUCCAGGGCACCACCGAGUGUACAGUCAAGGGUCGAACGCGGGACCACUACCGGGACCGAUGACGCCGCAGCACCCUCGAUAG